AUGAAUAACAAUAAUCAAUUAGAUAAUUCAUUGAAUGAACCAACAACUAAUUUAGAACAGAUAUCACCUAUUCCAAUAAAUUCAUUUCCAGUUGAUGGAAGAAAUGAAUGUAAUCCAAUCAAAAUAUGUAAUGAAUACUAUGAUAAUAAGAAAUUCAUCACUUCAUCUGAAUUUAUCCAUAAUAACAAUUAUCAUCUUAUGCAUAAUCCAAAUAACAAAAUCAAUAAUAAUAAUAAUAAUAGUAUCCUUGAUAAUACUACUCAUGAUAAUUUAGUAGUUAAACAAUCAUUAUUAUCUAAACAAAAUGAAAAUACAAAGAAAACAAAUCAUUUUGUUAAUUAUUUAUUAGAAAAUAAUGAAUUCAAUCAAACUAAUAUUAAUGUGAAUCAAGAUAAAAAUGAUAAUAAAAAUUUAAUAUUAUUUGACAUGAUGAAUACAUCAUUGAAUUCACCAUCUUCAUCAAUUUCAUCCAAAUCCGAUCUAGAUAAUCAUAAUAAUAAAAAUUCAAAUGAUUAUUUAUCAAGAAAAAAAUUACAACAAAAUGUUUCAUUCAAAAUACAAUCUAUUCAAGGGGGUAAGAAAGAUCGAAAUACUGAGGGUAGAUGUCCAAUAAGAGAUUGUGAUGGAACUGGGCAUGCUACUGGGUUGUAUUCAUACCACAGAAGUGUUUCUGGUUGUCCACGAAAGGAUAGAGCUAGUGUAGCAGAAUUGGCUCUUUAUCACCAAACUUUACAUUGUCCAACUCCAGGAUGUACCGGUCGAGGACAUGUUAAUAAUAAUCGUUCAUCUCAUAGAAGUUUUUCUGGUUGUCCUCUUGCAAGUCGAAAUCGAAGCAGACAAUCAAAGCGGCCAUUAUCACCGCAAAAAAUUGAAACACGUCAUAAAUCAAAUCACUUUGGAGCAAAUCAUGAAAGUAGUAAUACAUCAUUUAAUAAAAAAUUUUGCCAAUCAAAUAGUUUAAAUAGUAAAUUAAAUCCAUGUCAUUCAUCACAUUCAACAUUAUCCACAUCAUCGUUACCAUUAACUGAUUUCAUGAAACAAUCACAACAGUUUCAAGGAAUACCUUCAACAGAUUUAUUUGCAAACAUUCCUCUUGAAAAUAUGAAUCAUACUGAAUCAACAAAUUCAAAUCAUUUAAUUCAUGAAUUCUCUGAUUCGUUUUCUAAAUCAAUUUAUAACUUAUUACCUAAUCUUAUAAAUACGCCCAGUUUUCAAAUUUAUUAA